AUGAUUCUGCAUCGCAUAUCUCUCUCCAUUUUUUACUACCUUUUUAUUUUUGCAUACCUAUAUUUUAAUACCGCACAGUCCAAAUUGAAUAAUGUGACGAUUGAUGACAGCAGAUUUCUGGGCGGCUUCUUCGGGAGCAACCAUGGCCCUAUCAACGGGUCUGUGAGUGGAGGAAAGUACAAUGGACCAAAUGAUAAUGAUAAUGAUGAUGACGACGAUGAUGAUGACAACGAUGAUAAUGAUGAUAAUGAUGAUGAGAAAAAAUCGAAAAAAUUUACCCAAGACGGGUCAGAGGAUGUCGUAGAGGCGACCACCCCUCCCGCCGACGAGAACGACAGUACGGACGAAGCCAUAAUGUCGAAGGAGGAGAAACCAGUGGAGGGAGAACCCGUUUCUCCCCCCGCCAACUUGGGCCUCACUGAAGGCAUAGAAGUAAGAUUCGUGCCUAGUGGAAGCGACGACUUAAACGAGGAGAGCGCCCCCCUCGAAGCUAGCGACAUCGCAGAAAAAUCGUCACACAUGAGCAACACGGACCAUAAUGAUAACACCAACGGUGACGACAACGACAACAAUGACGACGACAGCCAUGAUGAUAAUAACAAUGAUGAUAAUAACAAUGAUGAUAAUAACGAUGAUGAUUCCGAUGAUGACGACGACGAUGAUGACAACGAUGAUAAUGAUGAGGCGAAAAACGCAAAUCAUCAGGACAUUACCAUCAUCCCACCCAUGACGAUGAAUCUCCCCUUACUGGCCUUCACGAACAAACAAACCACACAAGGGAAAAUGAACGCAAACGAUUCAUUUAGAAAUUUAUACAACCUGUACCAUAAAACAAGUCCCCAGAUAGGAAAUGUAAAUUAUUUCAGGAAGGAGCUACAAAACGAAUUUGCCUUCAAGAACGGAAUUUAUUUUAGUGCAACCAGUGUAAAAGAGUACAACCAGAGAGUAGAUCCAAAUAAGCACGCGUACAUAAAACUCCCUGAAAACACAAUGGUUCUGGUUGUCACUGGAAAUAAAUUUUUCUUCCAAGAUUUAGUGUACUCAAAAAAUAAGUACAGUGCCAUAAAGAAGAAGUUUUCUUUCCUUAUGAACUCCAUGAUUAGUAGUUUAAAGAAGAAGUACUUUUUUAAAAAUUAUGAAUACCAGUAUUUGUACAAAGAUGAUAGCUUUGCUCAUGAUCAUACGAAGAGAUUACUAGAUAUGGAAUUACUUGGACAACUCUCUAAAGUAACACAAACGAUUUGUGUGGAUGAGGAGAAAAAGAAGAACGUCUCCAUGCAUAAGGUUUAUGGAGGAUGGUUUGAUUUCCUUGGAAUUUUGGUUGUAAAUGGGUACAACAUGAAACCAAACGAAAGCGACCAGAUGAAAGAACACAAGGGAUCCAUAGAUGUAGUGCCAGAACAUAUGCUUACAGAAUUUAGAGAACUUGUGAUGAAGAGACAUGAUGGAUAUGAAAAUGGCUAUGCCGUCGGAUUGUGGAGAGAUUUUCCGAACGACAAGUUCGUACCUUGGAGGUACUCCGUGGAAUUGUUCCUGUGGGAUUUACUAAAUGUUUUGCCUCAUGAGCUACCCCACCCUGCUAAUUUAAUGAUGACAUACACGGGAAAUGGUAAAACGGAAGAGGCAGAUACGAACAGCAAGGUUGUGAAUGAAAUGACGGAAGAGGAAAAUCAAAAGUUGUAUAACUCUGUGAAUCAGACGGAGAAACCAUCCAGAGAACAAAUCCUCAAUUGGCACGAGAUAAUACAAAACAAAAUAUCCUCGUACCCAGGAUUUGAAGUAAAAAUCGUCGCCGUCAAUGACUACAUGCAUGCCAUCGGAUACAGUAACGAAAUCUUUGCUAGGUAUUACAACGCCAAAAAUGGAAACGCAUACAUCUUUCUUAUAUUGAUAAAUAGAGAUUUCUUCGUCGAUGAAUUUGUUCAAAAGGCAUCCAACCAUGAUGAAUAUGUUCAGGAGAAGAAUAAGUAUUUCACUAAAAAGAUGAACGAAGUUUUAGAAGAUCUGGAAAAACGUUUGGAACAGUUAAAGGAGGAAUUAUUCCCGGAAGAUGAAAGAACCAAGCCAGUCAUUACAUUUUACAAUUAUCUAGCUGAUGAAAAAAAUUACGAAAAACUGAACCCACAUAUUUUAGGAGAAAUUGCAGGAAUUACAAAACACUUAAAAUGUGAUCAACUGGGAAACCAUAAUAAUGGUCUUAGAUGCAGCAAGGACAUUUCUCUACAUUAUAAAUAUGGUGGAUGGUUUGAAUUCGCAGGAGCCAUUAGUGUAAAGAAUGUUAAUUUCGUCCCCACGAAAUAUGAGAAGCAUGGUGAAAUUUUAGAGAAGAAAUACGAAAAUGCUAUUCUUACACAAGCCAACAGUAACUUUCAAGACGCAUGGUUGUGGAAAGAUCUACCUGAACGUAAUAUGAACCCAUAUAGAUAUUCGCUCCAUGUUUUCACCUUAGAGAAACCCCAAUUUAAUAUUCUAAAAUUGAAAGAAAUGCAUCCAUUUAUAGUGGUGGAUAUCCUUAACAAGGGUCUGCAAGCGGUGAAGGUUCAAUCGCAGCGACAGAAAAAUACCAUUGUGGAAGAUGAGGAAGGAGAAGUUGUCAGGAACAACGAUGACUCAACUAGCUACUACCAUGAUAAUGGCAAUAGUUUCUCAUCGGGUAGCCAGACCAAUUUUAACUACAUCGCCAAGGAUUACAUGAAGAAGGAUUACUGGGAUGAUGUGGAAGGAUCUUCUCAAAUGUCAACCACUGUGAGCACCAAUGUCGAUGGCGAUAAGGAAACUUCAGAGGAUAUUGAUCAGAACGAAUACAUUACGGAAAACGUUGAAUCAGGCGGAAGUAGUGACGCCGAAGAGGAAGAGUACACAGAGGACAAGUACAAUGAAGAGGAAGAAAUAGACGAUGGUGAAUAUGUCGAAGUGAAUGAAGGAUUAUCUUCCAAAACAGCCACACAACCACAACCCCAGGUUCAGUACGAAACUGAGGCAAACACCAGCCAAGAAACACUAAAGAACAAUAACACAGUGAGAACGGAAGAAAACAACACCCCAUACGAUAAGUAUGAGGGAAGCAUCCUCUUCAGAGACAUCGCCAACAAUUAUGGAGACAAUGAAAAAGAUGGUAGAAGUAAAAUAGAUGGAAGUGAUGUGUUGAAAGCAGGUCACUUUAGUCUGAGCGGAGGCCUGCAAGCAAUGACCGACCUUGUGAGCAAACACCUUGGUAGUGGAAAAAGAAGAGAUGUAAAGAGAAACAACGACAUGUACAAUGUUGUUAGCAGAGAUAACAAUGAUGAUGACGACAAUGGCGUGGACGACAUAUACAAUGAGGUUAGCAAAAAUAGAAAGAAGGAUGAUGAUGGUGAUGAUGAUGAUGACGAUGACGAUGAUGAUGAAGACGAUGAUGACGAUGAUGAUGAUGAUGGGGAUAAUGGUGAAGGAAACGGUCUUACCACGAGUAAAUACCUACAGAACCAUAAGUUCGGUGCACAUAUUCCUACAGACUUCAAGUCAAAGGUAUACCUAUUCAUUAUCGUGUGCUUGGUUUUCAUUUGCAUUGCUCUCGUGGUGACCAUUGCCAUAAGAUUGUACGACAUCUUGGUGAAGAGAAAAAUCGUCGAUAUGAACCGAACUGUCCUGUCCUUCAAGGACCGCGAAGAUAUCCCAGUGGUGCAAGGAAUCCCCGCCCCCUGGAUGAAUGCCUGA